CUCUCUCUCUCUCUCUCUCUCUCUCUCUCUCUCUCUCCCAUCAUCUUCUUCCUCCGCCUCUUCUUCUCUUGGCAUAGAAGUUCUGCCUUACAUUAAUUAUCUAAUAUUACUUCUUUGGUUCUGCCCAUAUUUCUUGUGUAGAAAACUUACCUUUUUAAGCUGAAACCCAAGUGGUUGAUUACAAGAAGAAUGAGCAACACAAUGAGGCCAAGGAUGAAAAUCAUGUUAUAUUUGGCUUAUGAUAGAGGGUAAGGCAAUAGUUUUGCAAUUUCUCCUUUCGAUCCUCUUUUUAGAUUGUUUUUAAGAAGAAAGAAGAUCAAAAUGGAGUCAAGUAAAAGUAAAAGCAAAAGAAAAAUAGGAUUACUUACCAAGACGUGGGAACGAUGCAAAUCAUUCGGUGGUAGCAGAGAUGGAUGUGAAGGAAAGAGCUCCUCAAGAAUCAAACGAGCCUUCUUCAAGAAACGAAAAUCAUGGUCACGUUUAGACUCCAAAAUAGAGGAAACUCUUAAUAUGGCUCCUACAGGUUGUUUUUUUAUCUACGUUGGUCCUCAAAGACAAAGGUUUGUGAUCAAAACUAAACAUGCAAACCAUCCUCUCUUCAAAACGCUUCUUGAAGAAGCCGAAUUCGAGUAUGGUUACAAAAGCGAGGGCCCACUUAAGCUUCCAUGCGACGUUGAUGAUUUCUUAAAGGUUUUGCUAGAAAUGGAAGAAUGUGAUCAGUAUAUCUUCAAUCAUCAAGGAUGCACCUUCGGGUCCAAAGGUUAUCGAUAUGCUUCCAAUCACCAUCUUACCUCGUGCAAAAUUAUUGCAAUCAACAAUUUUUAGAAUUAUUUGACUUUCUUUUAUUUCGCAAUAUUUUGAUCUUUUAUGUGAACUAUAGUUUUGUUUGUUGGCUUCUCUUUGUCAAGAAUAUUGUUCCCAUAUUAUAUUUUUAUGUACGGUGUAUCUAAAUAAGAAAUGUUAUUUUAAUUUUCCAAGUCAAAA